GUGAAACAAUUGCAUGCGUGAUUAUUAGUUUCAACACAAGAUGGGUUGUUUAUAAAUAUUAAUUUGGAAUAGCUAUAAAAUACACAUGUGCAUCGCUUUAAUAUUAAUUAUGUGAAUGGAUGCGCUUGGAUAUCACAGGGUGAUAUGGAUAUACACCUUGAAUUAUUCGCGCCCAGUGGCUGAAGGCUUCAUGAAAUUGACGUAAUAAAAGCAGCGAUGGUGACUCGUACAAUGAAAGCUUUUUUCGUGACCCUGUUGUCCGCCUUGUUGGGCAUUUCCCUUGCGAUGGAAUGCCGCACACUGCAACUCCGGAGCGUCCUCCUCUGCCUUAGUGAUGUCAUCAACGGAGUCAACGGUUCUUAUAAUAUACUAGCCGGCUCCGACACGUCUACCGUGGAAGCGUUUUGCCGCGAUGGCACCGUCAACCGAACAGUCCAGUGUCUGGAAAAAUUGUACUCCGAGUGCAGAAAACACGAAGGCUUCGUGGUACAGCCGGAUAUGUGGAGAAAAUCCUUCAGUGACCUAUGCGAUAAUCUUACAAUUCAUGCCCAGUACAGUGACUGUAUUGUUCAACAGAGGUUCUACAUACACAGCUGCUUAAAGAGAAAUGAUGAGUUGUUAGACACAUAUUUGAAACCCUGGGCAGAGACCCAGGAGACAUUCACCAUGAAGAUGUGCAGUUACUUCGAGGGGAUACGUAUCUGUACGUCCCAACCAGUGAGCGACGCCUGUCACGUGGAUGCCGGGAAAUACAUCAGCAGCUUCAUAUACGGAAUCACUCCGAACUCCAUCUGUGAAAACGGAGCAAUUUAUACGGUUUUAAAAUCGCGAUCAUCGGUGUACUCCUAUUAUGGUCAGACAUUAUUUGCUGAAUUUUUGUUUAUAUGCAGUUUUAAGUUGUGCUUUUUUGAAUAAACUAACGUAAAAUAACGUUUAAGUUAGGUAUUCAUACAUAUGCAUGUUGUGAAUUGUUUUACGAUCAUGUAUGUUCAUACUUUGCCAGUAUAUGUUUACUAUAAAACUUGGAAACUGUACAUAACUAAACUUCUGAGAAAUGUGUGUACAUGUGUGUUAUUGAUGGAUUGCUUGAGGUCAUUAGUUGGGUUUGUAUUAGAUUAUUAUUAUUUGAUUAUUUCUACGACAACGUUUAUAUUUUUACUUGAUAAAAAUCGACUAACUAUGCCUUGAACAUGCACACCAUGAUUUGUUUCUGCCUCUCUAUGCAAACUUUUUUGUAACUUGUGUUCACUAUGAUGUGGUGUUUGAAAUCGUAAGGAUGGUGGGUGAUUUAUUAUUAUGGUCAGCAUGUGUCACAUCCUUUUAUCACCAAACUUCUGCGACAGAAAAAUGCUACGUUGUUUCACAUGACAUAUUGUACCAAAAAUAGGCCAUCGUCGACGCUUUUUUCCAGUUGAACCCGUAUGUGAGGCGGAUUAAACGAUGGGAUUCGUGUUGAGUGGUUAAGCAAAUCAGAGUUGUGAAUGUUUUCUUCUUUUAUGAAGAGCUCUUGUUCAAUGAAGAGCAUGCGAUGUAAAUACUUGAAAAGUUACAAUGGUGGAAUGUGAUGUUAUCGCAUUGAUGUCGUUUCUUUUGUAAACACGUUAAUUGGUCCGCAGUUAAAUGUCGUUUUAAAAAUUUGAUAUUGCAUCUUUUUUAUAAUUAAGCACAUAGUGUGGUAAUGUUACCUUAUUCUUAAUAGAAUUUUUUACUAGUUCAUCUCUAAUAAAACACAUGUAUUUGA